AGUUUAGACCAGAUUUCUGCUGUAAUGAAGUGAAUCACUGUGAGGAUUCUUUUCCCGACGCGACUCUCACACACAAUUUAAUCUUCUGUGUGUGUGUGUGUGUGUGUGUGUGACGGUGUAUUCAGUAAACUCUUUAAACACCUGUGUGUUGAAGGACACCAGCGGUUUAUUAACCAGAGGACUGAGGUGAGGAACCUCUCCUCAGAUGAGGGUGAAGAAGUUAGCUGGUGUCUGAGUCGUCACCAUGGAGACGUCUCGACACCGACAAUACACUCGGAUUGUGUUUUUGGGGAUGUUACAAUACACACAGUGUGUUUUUGGGGAUGUUACACACACUCUCUCUCUCACACACACACACUCAGUCAAAUCGAACAGGAAUGAGGAUUUAGGAAUACAUUGAGAAUUUUACCUGAGACGAGUUGUGUUAAAACUCAAAUGAUGGGGGUUUGUUGUGGUGCGUGAACUCUGAGCAUAUAUUUGUGUGUGUGUGUGUGUGUGUGUGUUUUCAGCUCAUGUCAUGACUUUAAAGCACAACACCGCUUAAUAAAACACCUCAGAGCUCAGUGAAGUGUUGGGAAAGUGGGCGUGGCCAAGACUCUUCAAAUGAGUAGACUUUGUUUUGAAAAUGUCAUUAAUCUGAAUUGAAUUAAUUAGCAGGUGUCCUCACGCGUGUGUGUGCGCGCGCGUGUGUGUGGCAUCAAGCUUCUUGUUAAGAAAGUCAGACUUCCCCUGAUAAUAAGUUCCUUCCCUGAACUCUCCUCCUGCCUGCUUUAAGCAUCUGCUUCCAUCCAUGAGCUCACACACACACACACACACACACACACUGAGAUCGCACCCUCUUCCUGCUAUACAGUUCACACACAGCCCAAAAAAACUGUGUGUUGCCCCCUGCUGUCUGCUCCUCCUCAGUGUUCUGUGAAGAACAUGCCUGUACUUGUUAGAAUCAUUUUGCCCGGACAUGUAACCCGUAACUCAGUGAGUCACACACUUUAAAACCCUGAGCUGUGUGUGUGUGCGCGUGCGCGUGUGUACGUACGUACCUUCAGUCUGAUUCCCACUGAGCUGAUGUGUGUGAUGAUGACUUCGCCAGAGAGUGGACAUUGCGUGUGGCCAGUGCGUGGUGGUGGUGGUGUUGGAGGUUCUGCUCGGAGGUGUUUGUUCGGUGCAGUGGAUCAUGAGGAGCUGCAGCGUGACCACACCCUGCUGAUGAGGGCGGAGCUGGAAGACGCCUCACGCCGCUGGAGCUUCGACUUCACCACUGACAAACCACGGGUGGGCGGAGACUUCGACUGGAUGGGGCUUCCUGAGAACCGGGUUCCUUUUCUUUACCGUGACUGCACAGUAGGGGCGGAGCCUCGAGCAAAUAGGGCAGGGCCAGAGUCUGAUCUGGGGCGACAGGAUGGAAACACAGACAGCGCAGAGAAACACACACUGAAAAGGAAACAGACCAACAUCACAGAUUUCUAUCAGGCCAAAAGGCGAGUUGUCACCACCAGGAAGUCAGGCCAGUGACCUGAGGACACACACACACACACACACACACACACACACACACACACUACACUCAGGACUGUGUGAAGGGCUGAUGGACAGAACACUCAGAACACAGAUUUCCCUCUAGAAUAUGUACUAAAUAUUUAAUUGUUGUUUUAUUUUGUGGUGUUUUGAUUUUAUUUAUUUUGUGGUGUUUUAUUUUGUGGUUAUUUUAUUUUAUUUUUUAUUUUAUUUUGUGGUGUUUUUAAACACUGUUAUUUUUUGUGCAGUUCCUGUUAAACCUGGAGCUAAAGAGUAACACA